CCGCCGCGGCAGCAUCCCCGAUCGAGGUCGUUCCGCUAGUAACCGAACGAUCCCAUUUCCCCUCUCUCUCCGCCGUCGAGGCAGAGAUGGCUGCUCCUCUCCGGCGUCAAGGCACCUCCCUUGCUCGCCUCGCUCAUGCGCGCUUCGUCUCCCUCUCGCAGACGAGAUCGCUCGCCUCGGACUCCCUCGUCGAGCUCAGGCCCGGCGAGAUCGGAACCGUUUCUGGCGUCCCUCAAGAACACCUCCGGCGCCGGGUCAUAAUAUAUUCACCAGCUCGGACUGCAACCCAGCAAGGUUCUGGAAAAGUUGGAAAGUGGAAGAUCAACUUUGUGUCGACCCAGAAGUGGGAGAAUCCAUUGAUGGGCUGGACAUCUACUGGGGAUCCCUAUGCAAAUGUAGGCGAUGCAGGUCUAACUUUUGACAGUGAAGAAGCUGCAAAAGCAUUUGCUGAGAAGUAUGGAUGGGAUUUUGUGGUAAAGAAGCAUCAUACUCCUCUUCUGAAGGUCAAAUCCUAUUCAGACAAUUUCAAGUGGAAGGGUCCGCCCAAAACCAAAACCGAGGAAGGUGGCAGAUCAUUUGAUUGAUGUGAGGAGAAAGAAAAAGUGAACAUCCCAUCUCUUUUAUCGUACUCCUCCGGUUUGCAAUAUCUCGUAUAUGUUCAAAACUAAAGCGUGCUAGUCUGAAGGCACAAAUCUAACAUUGUUUCUUUGCAAAUAAAAUAGAACUAAACUCGUUUACGUGUAACUUCUUGACAUUAUGCAUUGUGCAAGCGAAGGAGGAAUCAGACGCUGA